ACUUCCGGUUCGGUCUUCUCUUUUCCGGUGAAUAUUCUCCAAGGGUCGGUCCAGAAAUAGGUCCUAUUUCUCGAUAGGAAAUGUCUGCUACAGCACGAAAUAUUACAUUUUCGUCUCUUCGAUAUUAUCGAAAUCUUCAACGAGGAAUUUCCAAACCAGUUCAGACUAGAGCAGCAAGCUCAAGUUCAUCAAGCAACGACCACACUAACUGGAAUAGUUUGCCUCGAGUUGGAAUAUCUGCAAAAAGUGGCACAAUUGUCUGUUUCCAUCCAGAACCAGUAUGUCCUUAUGAAUACACCAUACCUCUGCCCAGGAAGAAAGCAGAACUAGGGGAGGGAGAUUCUGCAUUGAGUGUUCAAGUUCAGCGACAAGAAAUGCUGAGGUUUAGGGAGGAUGGACCGACGCGCCAUGAACUGGCCAAUAUGUUUCACACCACAAAACAUCAGUGGUUCCCAAAUACUGCAGACAAAUAUAGGAAACCUAAACCGCCAAAGGAUAGGGACGCCGUUUGAUGGAAAAUCACCUAUUUCUCUCUUCAUUUCUCAUCAUUUAAAUGAUCUAUUGAUGUACUGCACUAAUAUGGAAGUAAAAUAAUGAAAAUAG